AUGCUGUAUCUCGUUGGCUUAGGCCUUGCCGAUGAGACUGACAUCACAGUCAAAGGCCUUGAGGUGGUGAAGCGUGCGGAGAGAGUCUAUCUCGAAGCCUACACCAGUAUCCUUCAUGUAGGGAAAGAAAAAUUGGAAGCCUUCUAUGGCCGGCCUGUCAUAAUUGCAGACCGUGAGAUGGUAGAGUCCUCGAGCGACGAGAUUCUGGAAGGCGCAGAAAAAUCAGACAUCGCAUUUCUGGUUGUUGGAGAUCCAUUUGGCGCGACCACGCAUACGGACUUGGUGCUUCGUGCCCAAGAACUAUCCAUUCCGACCAAGUCAAUACCUAAUGCUUCAAUACUCAAUGCAGUUGGAGCCACGGGUCUUCAAUUGUACAACUUUGGUCAGACUGUCUCAAUCGUCUUUUUCACCGACAGCUGGAAGCCUGCGAGCUUCUACGAUCGGAUUCGUGAGAAUGCCUCCAUCGGGCUACACACACUUUUGCUUCUUGACAUCAAAGUGAAAGAGCAGUCGCUAGAAAAUAUGGCACGUGGGAGAAAGAUCUACGAACCACCUCGAUACAUGACCGUUGCUCAAUGCGCACAACAACUUCUUGAAAUCGAGGCCGAUAAACAGGAAGGUAUCUGUAGCGAGGACAGUCUGGCCAUUGGCUGUGCUAGAGUUGGUGCAGAUGAUCAGAACUUUGCUUGUGGAACGCUGAAGGAACUGUGCGAGAUCGAUGUUGGCCCACCACUUCACAGCGUGGUUUUGAUUGGUAAGAGGGCGCAUGAGCUCGAGAGGGAUUAUAUUCGGCCCUUCGCGAUCAAUCAAGAAACUUUCGAUGCAAGUUGGCACAAAUACCACAAGCAAUCAUGA